AUGAAUGUCAACAUGCUUUACCUCGACCAGCCCGUUCAGGUUGGCAUGAGCUAUGACAGCCUGGUCAACAUCACUACCAAUCUAGACACUGGCGACCUUGAGGUAGUAGACUUCGGUAAUGGCCCUGUUCCUCCCCAAAACAACAGCUUCUAUGUCGGCACCUACCCCAGCGAAAACUCCAACCUCACUACACGCGGUACUGAGAACUCUGCACGAGCGCUCUGGAACUUCGCCCAAGUCUGGUUCCAGGAGUUUCCCGAACACAAGCCAAAUGAUGACAGGAUCUCUAUUGCGACUGAAUCUUACGGGGGUCGUUAUGGACCAGCGUUCGCAGCUUACUUCCAGGAACAGAACGAGAAAAUCGAGAACGGGACGUGGAGCGAAGCUGGACAGACCCAUCUUCUGCACCUCGACACGCUACUGAUCAUCAAUGGCUGCAUUGAUCGUUAUGUCCAAUGGCCCGCUUACCCAAGGAUGCAGUACAACAACACGUAUGAUAUCAAAGCUGUGAACGAGUCGCGCUAUGAGGAAGUGCUCGACAACCUUUACAAGGAAGGAGGCUGUCUCGAUCAAAUUGAAGAAUGUCGUAACAUAAGUCUUGUAUACGACCCUACAAACCAAGGCUACAACGAGACCGUCAACGAGGUGUGCGAGGCUGCAGAGACAUUCUGUUCCGAAACGAUCCGUGAUCCUUACUUUGACACCGACCUCAACUACUACGACAUCUCCGCCCCAGGUGCAGCUGCCUUCCCGCCGCCAUGGUAUCAAGGCUGGCUCAAUCAGCCGCAUGUGCAGCAAGGACUUGGUGUCCCUCUCAACUGGACUCAGUCGAAUUCGGCAGUAUCGCGAGCAUUCCGAGGUAUUGGCGACUACCCACGUCCUGGCUGGAAGGAAGAUCUAGCGUAUCUUCUCGAAGAGGGUAUCAAGGUCACACUGGUGUAUGGUGACCGAGACUAUGCCUGCAAUUGGUACGGUGGUGAACUGCUCUCCCUCGCCAUUCCUUACGACAAUGCCACUUCGUUCGCGGAUGCCGGAUACGCGCCUGUUGUCGUGAACGAUACUUACAUAGGUGGCCAAGUGCGUCAAUACGGCAAUCUGUCUUUCACUCGAGUAUAUGAAGCUGGCCACGAGGUACCAGCCUACCAGCCCGAAACCGCGUACAAAAUCUUUACACGCGCUCUCUUCAACCGCGACAUCAGCACCGGCAACAUCUCUACGACCGAGACCCCCGACUACGCCAGCGAAGGACCAAGUGACGUGUACAACAUCACCAAUGAACCAAUUGUCGAUGAAGGCACGCAAUGUUACGUUCUUGAUCCCGGUCAAUGCACAGCGGAGCAGUGGGAGUCGGUCAUGAACGGAACGGCCCUGGUGCGGAACUGGAUCGUUGUUGAUGCCAACACUAGCUAUCUGUUCCCAGAUCUAGCUGGUAACGGCACAUCGAGUAACGGCAGUACACCUUCUGGCACGGGCAUGCCAAUGCCCACUUACACCGCGGCUGCAUCCGGUGGUCUCUCUGCGAGCGUUUUGGGCAGUGCGAUGAUUGCUGCGGUUGUAGGAAGUUUGGUGAUGCUUUAA